AUGACUCGAUCUUAUUCCGGCAAUGGAAGAACAAGCAGCUUCAAUGAAGAAGAGGGCAGCAGCUCUUCCAAUGGCCGCAACACAUACUUGUCUAAUGUCCGGCCGGAGAACAGGAGCACCUUAUGCAGCGUCAUGGCUCAGCUGACCGAAGACGUGCAGCCCUCGUUUGAAACCACUCUGAAAUCCAAGGCAGUGUCGGAGAAGUGUAAUGUGAAGUUCACCUGUGUGGUCUCAGGAUACCCGGCUCCGGAGCUGAAAUGGUACAAAGACGACAAGGAGAUGGAUCGUUACUGUGGUCUUCCCAAAUAUGAGAUACAUCGAAACGGGAAAACGCACACUCUGCACAUUUACGACUGCACAUUGGAUGACGCUGCCAUCUACCAAGUGUCUGCAGUCAACAGUAAAGGAAUCGUGUCCUGCUCCGGGGUUCUGGAGGUGGGCACCAUGAGCGAGUACCAGAUCCAUCAGCGGUUCUUUGCCAAACUGAAGGCAAAAGCUGAGAAGAAGAGACUGGACCUGGAAGGAACCAAUAAGAAAGACACCGCAGACAAAGUUGAAAAAGAGCAGCCACAGAAGAGCCCAGAGAGGACUCCCAGAAAACGACCCAUUCCACAACGGCAGCGGAACGUAGAGGAGCCUCCUGAGAGCGCUGGGGACAAAAACAUGCAGAAUACAGUCCAGGAACCUGUGCCCCCGGCUUUCCCCGUCGCCCCAGAGGUGAAGAAAGACGGCGAGCCCUCUUCGGUCAACAAAAAAAUCAAAAUCUCCAACGGCACGGACGCACAGACUGAGCCGCCGAGCUCACCAAAGAGCAGCGUCUCCUCUCGAAGCGGCGCCCAGGGCAGUGCUGCAGAGAACCAUUACGACGGAGGCAUGGGGCUGGCACAGUUUCUGGCCGAGACGCUUCAAUCUCAGGCGGCGGAGGAGAAACAGGCGAAUAAAGAGGAGACGGUUCAAGGCGUGACCGACUCAGAGGCAAAGGCACAAGAGGAGGACGGCCAACAGAAGGCGGGAGAAGAAGCGAUGGAACAGGACACGUUGCAAGUUCGGGAAAGAGCCGACCAAGAGGUGAAGGACGAAAGCAAAGAAAUCUCAGGCUCCUCCACUCCCACUCCCACUCCCACGCGUCAUGAGGCCAGACUCCACCACAAAGGCCCCAAAGAACUCAAGGAGCACAAGGACCAUCACAAACCUGCGUCUCUGACCUCCAUGCUCCACUCCGUUAAGGACUUUUUCUUUGGGAAGAACAAGAAGGACACCCACGAGCACAGAUAUCAUUCGGAUUCACCUAAUACACCGGAGCAAACGCCGCCAUCUUUCUAUCUCCAAUCUGAAGAGCGCUCCAACGACGACAAUGGGAUGUCUACGGAGGUGGCGCAGCUGCAAGACCCCACUCCUGAAAGGCCGCACGUUGCAGAAAAGCAGGAGGAUCCGUGCAGAGCUGAGAUGGCGUCGGAGAGCCCAGGUCGCGUCACAGUCGGGGGGAGUGCUGACCAAGCCAUGGAGGUGACAGCCGAGGGAGGGCCAUUGUCCAGACCCCAGCUCCGCAGUGAGGCGGUGGGGAAAGACGACCGGCUACUUAACGUUAAGUCAGAAGACAGUUUAGAUGCUUCGAGGCCUCCACCGGACCCCUCCCAUGCUGCUGUUGAAGAGGCCACAGUGGAAACCCGGCCUGGUCUGGAGGUGGUGGGCCCUGUGCUCUCUCAGCGCCCUCAUACUCAGAACCGGGAUUUUUGCGUCCCGAAAGAUAUGGAGAAAGCAGAUGGCAAGGUUGAAGCAGAGGAGGUUAUACAGGUCCCUUAUCCAAUCCCUAUUAUAAAUGUGUCAUGUACUGAGGAAGGGAUCGAACAGGCGGCUUCUGAUGCGGUAGCGCUGUCAGUGUUGGUCACUCCGCCCAUCCCUGAGACAGCAGAGAUCAGAGACAAGACUGAGCAGACACGGAUGGCUGAACCCACAGAAAGCACAGAACACACAUCUGCACCCAGAGAAAUCCCUGAACCCACAGACAACAUAGAACGCAGAGAGGAGACAGAGCACGGAGAUGCACCGGGGCACAAAGAAAGGACAGAGAAAGACGAAUUACCUGCAGCUGAUAAUGCGUCUGAAGUGGCAGAGUUUAGAGAAACAUCAAAGCACAGAGGAACAUGUGAAAAUGGAGAAAGACCUGAACUCAAAGACACAACAGAGCAACAUGUCGCUGCUGUGAUAGAGGACAAGAAAACGCCUGAACACACAGAACCUGAACCCACCUCAAAGGAUGAUACAAAACAAAACAGUCAAAUGCCUCAAGGUGAGCUGACAGAGCAGACUGUGGGAGAGAACAGGCUGAUUGUGGCGAAUGAACCAGCAAAGAGUGACAUGAACGUGCUGAGUAAGACAGUGGAGGCCAGCAUAGAGAACGAAAUCACUCAGUCUUUGAAAGAGGCCCGGAUAGAGAGCUUCAUGUCUGUAGAAAGGCUGAGCUUUAAGCCCCCGCUCUACCCCUCUCUGAGUCCUGCCAGUCUGAGGAAGUUCAUGUCCAAAGCCUCUGGUGAAGGCGAGGGUUCAGCAGACAGGCAGAGUGACAAAGCUGAGGACUCUCUGAGUGGAGGCUCUACUCCCACCUCCUCUCUGUCCUGUGAGAGCAGCCCCCGCCUCAAGCGCCGCGACAGCCUCUCCCUCAUCCGCUCAGCCACCCCCGAGGAGCUGGCUUCAGGGGCCAGGCGCAAGAUCUUCAUCCCCAAAACCAAAGAGGAGACUGAAGACUGCAGCAAUAAGAAAGACAGUCCUUACAUGUCUCCUGGACAGGCCCGCCGUGCAUCCUUCCUGCAGCCCCCCACUGGGCCCAACACCCCCCCAGUGGAGAGGCGCUCACCUCUGCUCAACCGCAGGAAGGCCACGCUGGAGGUGCCUAAGGUGGUAGAGGAAAUACCGGUGCCAGAAGAAGUCAGCAUCAAGCUUGAAGAUAAAUCUGGAGACAAGAAGCCAGACCCACUGAAAGCUCCUCAGGUGAUCCGAAAGAUCCGAGGAGAGCCUUUCCCUGAUGCUUCUGGACACCUCAAGCUCUGGUGCCAGUUCUUCAAUGUUCUGAGCGACUCCACCAUCAAGUGGUACAAGGAGGAGCAGGAGAUACUGGAGGUGCAGAGAAGUGGGAGCGAUGAGAGUCAGGUGGCGCUGGCUAUUGUUCUGGCCUCCAGCUUGGACUGUGGGGUUUACGGCUGCACCAUCAACAAUGAGUAUGGGACUGACACCACUGACUUCCUGCUCAGUGAAGAUGUCAUGGGAGAGAUUUUGCUGAAAGACGACUUGGAAGUGGGAGAGGAGAUAGAGAUGACUCCAUUAAUGUUCAACAGAGGCCUGGGGGACUCGGGCACCUGGGGAGGGAAGUUCUUUGGUCGGAUUAUGACUGAGACCGUGCACCUGGGAGCAGGAUGGACCCACAAAACCAGCAGAGUGAAGGUCAUCUACGGCUUAGAGCCCGUCUUCGAGUCUGGGGCCUCCUGCAUCAUGAAGAUCCAAAACCCAAUCCCAUAUGGGACCAAACUGGAGAGCAACUUGGCUGAGAGAAACCAGGAAAUCACCAAACAAGAGUGUAAAGUCCAGAACAUGAUUCGGGAAUACUGCAAAAUCUUCUCCGCUGAGGCUCGCGUGAAUGAAAACUUUGGCUCCGCACUAGAAGUGGUUUCUCAGUAUCUCAUGUACCGACCGGCAAACUCAGUGCCAUAUGCCACAGUGGAGGCGGAGCUACCCGGACUUUUCGAGACCUACUGCUGGGUGGACGCAGGGGGCAAGCUGAACUCGAAGGGUGUUUCUGAGGCAGAGCAGAAGUGCAGCACUUUCCAACACUGGCUUUAUGAGUGGACUCACAGUAAUCUACUGACCACUCGACUAGAAGGUGUUGAUUUUAAACUUACCAACGUCAGAGUUGUGACCAAGUCCAAAGGAUAUCAGGGUCUAUCAGAGCGAGGCUCUCCAGACGUGUUUGACCAGUUUGUCACACACCAUCAGUGCAACUACUACUGUGGACUGUUGGGUCUAAGGCCCCUCAAAACUAUGGACAGUCUUCAGCCGCCCAUUAAGAUGAAAGGAUCCAGAAGUCCACUGCUCAACCGCAAAAGUGGAGGACCUGGAAGUCCACAUGUGCAGAAGAAAUCCUCACUCAGCCCACAUUCACAAAGAAGAGCUGGAACCAGCCCCAAAGUGCCCAGAAAGAACCUGGAGGCCGAGGACAGUACUGGUAAAAGCAGGGCUGUGGACACCAGAUGUACGAAUGGUGUCUGA